UUCAUUAGCUUUGAAAGCUUUUCAGAUUGCAAUUCACUUGCGGAAAAGGAGUUUUUUGUUAAGUUGAUUGUGCAUUUAGUUUAUGUAACACUGACCUUUUUCCACCCAUUUGUAUUUUUGAACUAUUUGAGAUGGGUUAAUUAUGCUGAAUAUUAUCGCGCCCAAUUGUUAGAAAUGUGCACUUUAUGAAAAUUACAUGAAUGCAGGUUUAUUCUAAGUGUUGCGUCUACUGUUAAAAUAGGACAUUUUGCUGUGAACAUUUUAAUCUCAUUUACUGUAUCUCCAUCUGUUCUCACUUGUCUUCUUCCAGCUCUGCUGCUGUGCAGACAUGAUGAGCAACAACAGCCUGAAUCCUUUGUAUUUUCGGUUCACUCUGUUUGCAGACUUUGGGCCCCUCAGAUAUCUGUUCUUCAGUCUGUGUCUGUUGCUCUACAUGACUAUUGUCUCUGCUAACGUUGUCAUUAUUCUGACAGUCUGUCUGGAGAAGUCUCUGCAUCAGCCCAUGUAUAUUUUUAUCAGCUGUCUGUCUUUUAACUCUCUGUACGGCUCAGCCGGCUUCUUCCCCAGGUUUCUGAUGGACAUUCUGUCUGACACUCAUUUAAUCUCACGUCCGUCAUGUUUCAUUCAGAUAUAUGUUAUUAACACCUAUUUAUCAUGUGAGAUGACUUUCCUCAGCAUCAUGGCCUAUGAUAGAUUUGUUGCUAUUUGCCAGCCUUUACACUAUCACAGUAAAAUGACAUUUAAGAUGGUAACACAUCUUGUGAUGUUUGCCGUGCUCAUCCCUGCAUUUGGUGUGGGUUUUGUGAUUUAUCUUAGUGUCCGAUUACCGCUGUGUGGCAAUAACCUGAAUAGGCUGUUCUGUUCCAACUGGCCUGUGGUUCAGCUCUCCUGUGUGGACACAACUCUGAACAACAUAGUAGGUCAGUAUCUUGUGGUGACAACCACCUUUGUCCCUCUCUUCUUCGUCCUGUACACCUAUCUCCGUAUUCUGCUUGUCUGCAGGAGAAGCUCGUCUGAAUUCAGAGGAAAGGCGUUCCAGACCUGCCUCCCUCACAUCAUCACAUUCAUCACCUAUUCUCUCUCUGUCUUCUCUGUCUUGACUCGAUUUGAUCCUGAUAAAAAGAAUCCUUUCAUCACAGUUGUUUUAUCUUUACAGUAUUUGAUGGUCCCCCCCAUUAAUAACCCUCUAGUUUACGGCCUGAGUCUGCCUCAAAUCAAAGGAGUGAUUGUUAGAUCUUUGAAGAAGGACCCUUCUGUGAAAGUUUAA